GAGGUUGAAGCCACGCCCCCUUCCGGUUGCUCGCCCUGGGUUGUUACCGGUGUUUAGAACUUUCGGCGUGUUAUCUUGAUUGGCGUCGGGUAGCUACGUUUAGUGUUACCAACGGAAGCUACAGCGGCUGAAGCGGCUCCUGACGUGCUCUCCCUUGUGUGUAUGUGCCACGCAGCUGCCCAGAGGUAUGCUCGUUUUUUUUGAUGUUGAACAUAAUGAAUUGCCACAUUCUUCUAACACAGCCUUUCUGUUGUGUCCCCAUGCUGUUUAGUGGCAGCGCCAAGGACCCGCUGCUGUUUUGCCUUGCUGUUGUUUUGCUUCACUUUGGCCAUGUAUCUGUGAUGGGCUUGCUAUACGGCUAACUGCAGCUAGCCUCCGCUAUUUCUUUGCCUCAUCGGCCUGGUCUGCUUCCCCUCGGCGUCAGCCGGGUUAGACCAGAGGGUGAGCACCCAUGGCAGGGAACGUGGUGUCGUCGGUGGUGGUAUCCCUCCCCGUGUGAUGUGUGAACCCUGGGUAUUUUUCAUUUAAUCCAUCGUGUGUGUGUGUGUGUGAUUUUAUUCACCUGGUGACCUCUCCCUGGGCCCUGUUCCUCCCCUCCGGUGAUACAUCCUGCCACAUGCUGUCAGGUGGCAGCUUCUGCAGCCUCUCUGGAACCUCGUUUCCACCCCUACUCCAACUCCAAAUAACCGUCCCUGCGUAAAGCCCAUCCUUCCCUCAGCAGCUGGACUCUUCUCCACUCCCACCUCCCCAACAUCUCUGCAAGCCGAGCCGACUCCCUCCUCACCAGCCUGGACCAAUGAGUUUAGACGGAGGAGGGAGAGAGAGAGAGGAUAAAAAAAAAUCAAGCAUUGUGUUAUGGGGAGCGGAUUAAACAAGUGUGCUCAAGAGUGAAGAACGACAGAUUCAGAAGCACCUUGAUGUCCUGUCUGCCGUCAUUAUCGAGGGCCUUUCUCCUGUGAGCGUACCACAUCUUUACUGAGAUCCCCCGACCGACCAAGUGGAUUUUUCCAUCCCUCGGAGCAGCACCAACAGCCUCACAUCGCACUGCUCUUGCUGGUUGGCAGCUCCUCUUUGCCCUGAGCCAGGAUGAAUGACGUUCUGGAGGCCACCUCCCCUGCGACCAGCCUCAGCGGUCCGGCCGCCUGCGUCUGCAAAGUAGAGCUGCGUGUGUCCUGCAAAUCUCUGCUGGACCGAGACACGCUGAAUAAGUCGGACCCCUGUGUCAUCCUCAUGGUACAGACCAAUGGACAGUGGACAGAGCUGGACAGGACAGAGGUGAUCAAGAGCAACUUGCACCCAGUCUUUGGAAAGGUUUUCUUACUGGAUUACUACUUUGAAGAGGUUCAGAAGCUGCGAUUUGAAGUCUACGACAUCCACGGCACUCACAGCAUUGGCACCCGUGACGAUGACUUUCUGGGAGGAGUGGAGUGCACUCUUGGCCAGAUUGUGGCCCAGAAGAAGAUGGUGAAGCCUUUGUUGCUGAAGUAUGGGAAAUAUGCCGGCAAAUCCACCAUCACAGUGCACGCCGAGGAAAUUUCUGGCAACAACGGAUACGUGGAGCUCUCCUUCCAAGCCAAGAAGCUGGAUGAUAAGGAUCUCUUCAGCAAGUCAGACCCCUUUAUGGAAAUAUAUCGAAUCAAUGACGAUGAAACCGAACAGCUUGUGCACAGAACUGAGGUGAUUAAAAACAACCUGAAUCCAGUGUGGGAGCCCUUCAAAGUGUCCCUUAUAUCCCUGUGCAGCUGUGACGAAGACCGGAAGCUCAAGUGCCUCGUGUGGGAUCAUGACUCCAGGGGGAAGCACGACUUCAUCGGCGAGUUCUAUGCCACAUUCAGGGAAAUGCAGAAAAUUUCCAGUGGAAAUAAGGUGUCGUGGGACUGUGUGAAUCCCAAGUACAAACAGAAGAAGAGAAACUAUAAGAAUUCAGGAGUUGUCAUUCUCACUGACCUUAAGCUCCACAGAGUGUACUCCUUCUUAGAUUACAUCAUGGGAGGAUGCCAAAUUCACUUUACGGUUGCCAUUGACUUCACAGCCUCCAAUGGAGACCCGAGGAACAGCUGCUCAUUGCACUACAUCAACCCAUACCAGCCCAACGAAUACCUGAAGGCUCUGAUAGCGGUCGGGGAGAUCUGUCAAGACUAUGACAGUGACAAACGGUUUUCAGCUUUGGGGUUUGGUGCCAGAAUCCCUCCAAAUUAUGAGGUGUCUCAUGACUUUGCCAUUAAUUUCAACCCAGAGGAUGAUGAAUGUGAAGGUAUCCAAGGAGUGGUUGAGGCAUACCAGAACUGCCUUCCUAAGAUCCAGUUGUAUGGCCCAACCAAUGUCUCUCCGAUCAUUAACAGGAUAGCCAAGCUGUCAGCAGGCGACGGCAACAUUAAAGAUGCUUCUCGAUACCACAUUCUGCUCAUCCUCACGGACGGCGUGGUGACCGACAUGGCAGACACACGUGAAGCCAUUGUACGAGGCUCCUAUCAACCUCUCUCCAUUAUCAUUGUCGGUGUGGGCAACGCAGACUUCACAGACAUGCAGAUUUUGGAUGGAGAUGAUGGAGUCCUACGCUCACCAAAGGGCGAACCAGUCCUCAGGGACAUUGUGCAAUUUGUGCCCUUCAGAGACUUCAAAACGGCUUCACCUGCAGCCCUGGCCAAAUGUGUUCUGGCAGAGGUGCCCAAACAAGUAGUAGAGUACUACAGCCAUAAGGCCAUCUCCCCUAUGGUUCCUGUGAGGGACUUAAUGACCCCCAUAAUGAGCCCAGUUGCCACCACCCCAACAGAAUAACUGUCCACCCUGUUCCUGUGACCAAGCUUUGACCGCAGCACCAGUCUGGCAAACUGAGAGGGAAGAAAGACGCAUGUCUCACUACUUUGGACAAGAACUGAAGAGAAAAUACUUCUUAAUGUGUUGUUACUCAUUUCUUUUAUUUUUCACUAUGAGCAGCGUUUACUCGUGGACAGUACUGCAGACAUUGUGGGUUUCAUGUCAGUGCUCAGUGUGGAUUGAACACUUUUCCCUGGCUGUGCAAAUUGACCAUCCAGCUGUUUGAGCAUCGUGAGUUCUGGAGGAUUACAUCUUUUUCCCCCCCUAAUUUUUAUGCAUGCAGGCGGCUCCCUGGGUGCUGAUCCACUGAUUAGGUGCAGGUAUAUUAUUCCUUAUAGCCCAUUAAGUUCAGCACCUCAGGUAUGUUUAUUAAGUCACUUUUUUCUUUUUGUCACACGGUCUGAUGAUUUUUGAGAGAGUACUGUACAGAAUGGUGCAGUCAAAAUUGAAUUGUUCAACUCGAACAUACUCACAAUAUUUUAGCAAAUGAAUCACAGAAAAUGCUGCAUUUAUAAGUUCUAAACUACAAUUCCACUGAACAUCCCCAUGUGUGUGUUUGAAUUACAAACAUUGUUUUCCAAUACACACAGAUUAUAAUUUCAAACCAACCACCCACGAGUUAACAAUGGAACAGGCUUUAUUUUCCUGUUAAAUUUACUGCUAUUUAUCUGUUGCUAAAAUCAAAAGCUCUGGUCCAAAGAGCACCAGACAUCGUCAAAAACAGCCCUUAUUGGAACUGCAAGAACUAUGAGUGUCACCACACCUCCCUAGCAAAUACAAGAACAAUCAGUGUCAUGUGUGAUUGUGUGAAGUCAGCAGUUACAGGUUGCCAAAUGCAUAUAAUCUGUCUAAGAGUAUUUCCUGGAAAUAACCUUGUUCACCUUUCACGUGUCAUACCCGUGUAUUAGUUCCUCUUAAACAUCUGUAAAAUGGAAAGUGUCAAAAUAUCUCAAGCAGUCUACAAUAUUUGCUGACGCUUCAGCUCUUUGUAUGUUUUUUUUUAUUUACAACAGGGAGCUAAACAGUUACAGUAAGACAGAAAUGUACAGUCAGGUUAUGAGCUUGCAGUUUGAAAUGUAAGAAUUUUUUGGGUUGAUGUGCCGUAACAUAAAAUUGUAAAGGGAUGCUCUUCCUGCGGUUAGCUGUGAACAAAGCUGGAAUAACAUUUUUCUCAACGAGAUUAUCAACAAUCACGCCCUAUUUUUGGUCUGUUGUCAAGUGGCUAUGGUGUAAGCUGUGAAAAUCAUGCUUUAUAUCAGAUGAAACCUUCCCUGCUGAAAUGUCCAUUAUUGUUGUCCUCCCUAAGCCAGCCAUCAUACAGGUAGAACUCUUCAUGUUUCGGGAGUAAUUUUUAUUUUUUAGAUAUGUAGUUUUUCUUUUUUGCCGCUUUUUAAGAUGCAAUAUAAUUUCACUAAUUGUUUAAAAUGAAAUUCAACUGAUGAGAGGUUCAGUAAAAUGAAAGCACAAAUCCCAUCUCAGUUAGUGCUGUAACCCACACAGUGACAUCAGCAUGAUAAAGAAAUAUCAAGAAUCACUAUCUACCAGAAAGUAAAUAGUGAUCAGUGUUCAUUGCUGUUCUGCAGAGCUUUAAAUAUUCAUCCUUUUAAGAAACCUUCGCUUUUACCCUUCGUGCCAGGGCUGUGUCAGAUUGUCUUCAUCGUGUUCAGAGUUUUGCCUGUAACUUAAGUCAGAGAUGUUUUGGCCUCAGUAUCUUCCAAAGGAACACAUUAAUGCUACAGUGUUUGAGGCACGACGUCUCAUUGUAAAUGAGUCUUUACAGCAUAAAAAUGAGGCGCUGCUUGAGAUGCCGUCUCUCGCUGUAAAUACCCGUCUGAAGGCUGGCAUCCAAUCAAACAAGAAACUAGAGAUUGUGUUCAGGUUACAUGUAAUUGCAUUUUUAGGGAGUGUACAAGAAGUCAAACAAAGGUGGUGAAUAGGUCACAUUUCACAGCUUUCAAAAGACAUUUUCUUGGCAUUUAAAGAUUUUUCAUCAUUGUAUGAGGAACCUUGACAAGUGAAAAACUAAAUGUUUGCUUUCUUUCAACAAGCAAACCUUUUCAAAAUACAAAUUUGACCUCAAAAGUAUAGACAACUUAACUAUUUUGGCUGAUGAUUGAAUUAAACAUGAAGACCCUCUGUCUGAGUUUAAAAAAUGUUAUGUUGUGGUUUUAUUUCUUAUUUUUGUUCUUUGUUUUCGAUUGCAUAUGGAAAUUUGUUUAACUAAUAUUACUUAAUGUUAAAGAAUUACAUAAAUUAGGGUUUUGGGGGUCCAUGAAAUGUUAUAUUCUCUAAAAGUUUAGUGAUGUAUUACCAUUUUUGCUCACAGCAGCAGUGCUUUCAGUCUAACUGUACACCAUACAAUAUAAACAACAAUACUGUUUGGCUGAAUAGUUCAUUAUUUGGUAUCUGUUCUAAUGAGGACUGUACUUUGUAUAUUUGCUUCGUGUUUUUCUCUUGUAAGGUGUAUUUUUGCUGCGAAUGGCUCUGAAUGGUGACUAAUUUACAUGGUCAUGAACCAAGCUGUCACUGCAAUGCACAGGAUGAAUAAGUAGUCUUUACAGCUUCUCUAACAUACAUAUAUCCACCCCAGGCUACAAAUAAUAAUCUGACUUUGCUUUGUCCUCUAGAGCCUAACCAGCCCUCCCCAGAUACAGACUAUUGACUUCUCAUGAAUCCACCCAAACACAGCUACCUCUGCUGUCGGCUGCUCUCUGAACUCCUUUGAAGACCAACUAUUGAGGAUUCUUCUGUCACAGUGGAUCACAGGAUGAGGCCUAUUGAUUCAGCAGACCUAGAUUUGGAGCCGUACUCAGUUACUCGAGUGUAAAUAAUCCAGGAGGGAGUUUGGUAUCACAGCUGAAGCUCAGCUCCAUGUGGCUAGCUUACAGCAAGGUAGGAAUGGAUGCAAACAUUAGGAAACACUCUGCUGGAGUUAACAGCACCUGGCAUUAUGGGUUAUUUAUUGAGAAACCAAGUAUUCUUCUGUACGAUGAGUAAUUUGUUUUUGUCUCCAUGCAUCUUAAUUCAGUCUUUUCAUGCAUUCCAGAUUCUUUACCUUCCCAUGAAGUGCAAAAGCUGUUGUAAUUCUCAGAAAAUCACUACUGUUUUGAAAGCCUCUAUCUUUGUGCUUUCUCAUAAAUCUUUACUGGCUAUCUAUUCUGGCUUAAUAACACAGGAAGUGCAGAUAACAACCAAUUUUUUUGUUCCUUGAGGGCAAAUGAGCUCCCACAUUAAUAUCUAAAAGGCCUCAGUGCUCCUUUUGUGAUUUGUGCCUUACACGGCAAAACACUCUUUGUUCCCUAUUACCUGUAUCACCUUACUGCUACUUUGCCUCAGGUUAUGAGCUGCAGCAGCUCUAAUGGAUCAUUACCUUGUAUUCUUAACAUUUUUAAGAGAUGUGAUUUUACAAUUGACAAAUGAUUGACGGCAGAACAUGCUAAAUGCUAUUCCUUAUAAGUGUUGUUAUUUAAAUUUUUAAAACAUGAGUAUGAAUGUUUCUUGCCCCUUUAGAGUUACCUGAAUUGCAAAAUGUAUUUUAUGUUUUAUGAUAUUUAAACAAUGAUGCAUGGGUCUUUAAUGCCUCUCCAGUUGUUCUCAAACAAAUAUCUCUUCAGACCCUUGUUUGAAAAUAACUGAAAAUCCCUUUUGUUUCUCAUUAUGUGACAAGUUUCACUGCAAUCAAUCAUACACAAAACGCUAAAGUUGUCAAGAAUAUUGUGUGCUUGUGUGCACCUGUUAGCCGAAAGUGCACAGUUUUGUGGCGUCGUCUAAGCUCCAAACAAAUUCAUGUGGAAAUAGCCUACAUUCAUAUUGUAAUAUCUUUUGUGCCGCAGUGGUGCAAAUAACGGUGAGGUGAAACACUGGAGAUAAUGAGACCACAGUUCAUGUGGGCAUCUUGCACUGCAGAUUUUUUAAAAAGUUGUGAAGAAUCCACUGAGCUGAUUGUCCUCCCUUAUCUAUUCAUACACGGUUAACUAGAAGGAACAAAUAUUGAAAAAUUUCCCAGGCACAUUUUCUUUCUUUCUCUCUCUCUUACUCUCUCUCUGUCUUUCAUUCAUAACCCUGAUAUGCAACUGGUGUAUCUGCAGGCCGUGUGGGUUACAAGCAACCCAUGCAUCAUUAGUAAAUAUUUGAUUUCCUCAAAUGGGAGAAGGGAUUUGUUGCAUGCUUACUUUUAUUGUUAAGCUGUGCUGUGCAGUCAUUCCUUUGGAUUUUAUGAUAUGCUAAUAUGCAAGCCUGCAUUUGCACAAAACCUCUGUUCCUGUAGUUUACGCUCCCUGUCUUGCAGUUAGGAAAAUAAAUCUCAUCAUUUAACUGAA